CUCAAUCAGACCACGAAGACGAGGGGUUUGCAUGUGGAUACGGAUCCGAAGACUCUAGCAACUGUCAUAGACGGAGCUGGAAACGCGAGGAGGAAAAGGACAGUCUUGUCCCCAAGAGGACCAACACCAGCAGCGGAAAGGACAAGAAACGAACAGGCUCCAGCAGACGUUCAGCCAUGCAUGGCUCCACCCUUAUAUUCGUCCUCAUUGGGGUGCUCCUGUACUUAAUUAUGGGGGCUCUGGUGUUCAAUGCCCUGGAGGCUCCGAAUGAGGAAGCCCAUCAUGUCGGGCUGCAAGCCUCCCGUCAGAGGUUCUUGGACAGCUUCACAUGUGUAAACCCUGAGAAUCUAUCAGAGCUAAUAGACAAGGUGGUAGAUGCUCUCGGUGUUGGAGUUGACCCCAACAGCAAUGCCACAUUCAGUACCAGUUGGGACCUGGCCAGCGCUUUCUUCUUCUGCGGCACCAUUAUAACCACGAUCGGUUAUGGAAACAUCUCUCCAAAGACACAGUGGGGUCAGUUCUUCUGUAUCUGUUAUACACUGGUGGGUAUACCCCUGUUUGGAUUUCUGUUGGGUGCCGUAGGAGACCGUCUGGGGACGUCACUGAGCAACGCCACUGCUAAAGUUGAAGCUCUUUUAUGGAAGUGGAAGGUGAGCCCAACCAUCGUGCGUGUCAUCACCGCUGUGCUGUCCAUCCUGCUGGGUUGUGUUCUGUUCAUCUUUGUGCCAAUUUUAGUCUUCCAGAAGGUUGAAAACUGGUCUCUGCUAGAAUCCGCCUACUUUGUGGUCAUCACCCUCACAACCGUGGGCUUUGGAGACUAUGUUGCAGGUAAUAGCGGUGAUGCAGGUCAUGAUCAUUGGUACAAGCCUUUGGUGUGGUUCUGGAUUUUGUUUGGAUUGGCCUACUUUGUGUCCAUUCUUUCCAUGAUUGGGAACUGGAUCCUGGUUCUUAUCAAAAAAACUCGAGCUGAGAUGGAGGGGUUGAGAGCACAUGCCUCAGACUUCACUCAGAACAUCCAGAACAUGUCUGUGGAUUUCCCCAAAUUUGAAGAUCCUUUCAAGCGCACCAGGCGAAAGCGGCGUCACAGGCGCAACAGACAGAACGGCAGUCAGGCUAGAACCGGAGAGGAUGGCAAAGAGGAGAACGAAUCCGAAUCCAGCUCCUACUCGGGUUCAUCGGAUGAGUCGGAAAGCAGCUCUGAGUCCGAAUCGGAUGUGACCCAGACAGAACACGUCCCAGAAUGCGUCCAGACCAUGCCCAAAGAUCCCAUCCUCUCUCAGCCCUUAGAUUACUUUGGGGAAAAUCUUGCAUACAUCGACGAGUCUUCAGAUGCAGUGAGUGGGAAGAUUCACCUGGACCCAUUGCUGGAUGUACCAGAAUCGAACCCAGCUUCUACAAACAGGCCCAGAAGGAGACGUCAAAGAAGAAACAUGAGAAGGGAUCAACAGAAACCCAAGACCCCCAAAACCAGUCCAAACGAAUCAGAGAAUAAAGCGCCAAAUGGAGACAUUAGGCAGAAAGAUCCGCCUACGCCAAAGCUGUGAGUGUCAGGAUGUUCAUGGGGUUUGUAGCUCCUAAGAAAAUCCUCUUUGGAAUAUAGUUUUGCAACUUCGCUAGCUUUAGGAUAUGCUGUGCUCCACUGGGAAUGCACAUGACAUUAUUCUCAGAUUUUACUGGGACAAUAAAAAAAGAACUCCAUGUGCCUAAAAUGAGAGGGGGUGGUGGGAGAAAUGGUCAAAUCGUGGACCCCUCAAGCAUGAGUGAGAACAUGUGUUGGGUAAUCAGAAAGCAGCCUGAUGUGCAGAAAGGCCAUGGUGAUCAGACACUUAGUGCCAUCUACUGGACGUUCACUGUACAUGACUGGAUCACUUGUUUAUGGAUACACUGACCAACAAUGAAUGUUUUAUUCUGUGUGCCUUUUGUUUCUUUCCUAACGUCAACAUAAUAAAGGAAUGACACGUAGAUACUAAUGUUACUAAUCCAACUGAA